UAACUUGAGCUAACAGGAAACAUUUGUUUCAGAAACAAGAGUACUGAUGUUCCGACACGAGUACAAAACUGAAGUUGAACAUCGAAUAGCAAGACAACAAGUUGUGAGAUUACCGAAUUAUGCGAAAAGAUUGGAAUUUUUUUGGAAUGAGUGAAACGGCUCAAACGAGAUCUCGAGUUCCUGCUCCAUAAUGGAAGGACUACAUGUCCCAUAUCCAGGAAAGUAUCAUGCUGUGAACCAGGCAGGCAUUGUGGGGGCACAACCCCUUGUGCACAACAGUGAGUCUCUCUAUUCAAACUUCCCAUCGCAACCAAACCUAAAGGUUGAUCAGAAGGAGAUUGAAGCCAAACCCAGUGAGAAGCCCUUUGAAUGCGACAAAUGCAGUAAACAGUUUGCACAGAAGAGUCAUCUGACAAGUCAUAUGCUGUGGCACAGCAAGGAAAAAAAGUUUGAGUGUGAGAUUUGUGGAAAAAAGUUUUCUAUGGAAAGCCAUCUUAACGGUCACAUGCUGGAACACAGCCGAGAGAAAAAGUUUGAGUGUCAGACUUGUGGUAAAAGAUUUGCAAUGGAGAACUAUUUGAACAGUCAUAUGCUUGUGCAUAUGACUGAGAGAAAGUAUGAAUGUAAGUUGUGCGACAAGAAAUUUACUAUGGAAAAUCACCUUAACAGCCACAUGCUUGUUCACAACACGGAAAAGAAAUAUGAGUGUGGAAAAUGCAAAAAGAGGUACAGCCAGAAGAGUCACCUCAACAGCCACAUGUUGAAACAUAGUGAGGAGAAAAAAUAUGAGUGUUUGCUUUGUGGGAAGAGGUUCAACAUGGAGAACCAUCUCAAUAGCCACAUGCUUGUACACAGUGAAGAGAAGAAGUUUGAGUGCCUGCUGUGCGGCAAGAGAUUUAACAUGGAGAACCAUCUUAACAGCCAUAUGUUAGUGCACAAUGAUGAUAAGAAGUUUGAAUGUUCUUUAUGUGACAAGCGCUUCCACAUGGAGAGUCACUUAAACAGCCAUAUGUUGGUCCAUAAUGAGAAGAAAUUUGAGUGUUUAUUGUGUGGGAAAAGGUUCUACAUGGACAGCCACCUUAACAGUCAUAUGCUGAUGCACAGCAGUGAGAAAAACUUUGAAUGUGAGACUUGUGGAAAACGAUUCUACAUGGAGAGCCAUCUUCACAGCCACAUGCUAGUUCACAACACUGAGAAGAAGUUUGUGUGCAUGCUCUGCGGUAAGAGAUUCAACAUGGAAAGUCACCUCAACAGCCACAUGCUUGUGCACAAUGAGAAGAAAUUUGAGUGUGUCCUAUGUGGAAAGCGUUUCAAUAUGAUCAGCCAUCUUAAUAGCCAUAUGUUUGUACACAGCGAGAAAAAGUUCGAGUGUGACAUUUGUGGCAAACGAUUCGGUAAAGAAAGUCAUCUUAAUAGCCACAGAUUUGCACAUAGUGAGGAAAAAAGAUUUGAGUGUGAAAUUUGUCGGAAAAGGUUCUCCCAGGAGAGCCAUUUAAGCACCCACAGGUUUGUGCACAGUGAAGAAAAGCGAUUUGAGUGUGAGAUAUGUGGAAAGCGUUUCAAUCAAGAAAUCCAUCUCAACAGUCAUAGAUUCAUGCACAAUGAGGAAAUAAAACUGGAGUGUCAAGAGUGGGGCAAGAGGUUCACUCAGAAGGUGCCCCCAAACACUACAAGGUUUGUUCAUGAUGAUGAGAAGAGGUUCCAGUGUGAUGAUUGUGGGAAGAGGUUUGCCCAGAAGAGUCAUCUCAACAGCCACAGGUUUGUUCAUACUGAGGAAAAGCGGUAUGAGUGUCAGGAUUGCGGCAAGAAGUUUACUCACCAGAGCCACCUCAUCAGCCACAGUUUUGUACACCGUGAAGAAAAGAAGUUCGAGUGUCCAACUUGCAAGAAGAGGUUCACACAUGAGAGUCACCUCAAUAGCCACAGCUUUGUGCACAGUGAGAGGAGGCUGUAUGAGUCUCAGAAGCAGUUGCCUGAGAAGAUGCAGCUGAACAACCAGUUGCCUACCAACCUCAGUACUCAACUCAACAGCAAUCUGACAGCCCAGAUUAACCAGAAUCUAACAGCGCAACUAAACUCCAAUAUUACAGCUCAGAUCAACACAAAUUUGACAGCGCAAAUUAACACCAAUCUGAGUAACCAGCUUAAUAGCCACUUCCUGGAGCAGACUGAUAAGAAGCCGAUUGAGUAUGAGGAAAAUGGGAAACUAUUCAUUCCACAGUCAUAUCAACAACCGUAUGCCUAUGCACAAUGGGAACACGUACGGACAUUAUGGUCACUGUAGUCAAGUUUAGGUAUGCAGUGUUAAAACUUAGUGUAUAUGGUACGGCAUGGGGAUAUUCUGUACAUUGUCAUACCUGUACACGCCUUGUUUAUCCAGUGAUGUACUUCAGCUAGGGAGACAGGUGGUUGUCUUGAGUGAUCUGCUGGUUAAACCGACUGUGGUUAUCCAGUGUAUGGAAUGUGAUUGACUAACCUCUGUUGGAGGAAUUCUGUAUAGUAGUCCUUUGCCACAAAGGUGGAGAUACUGGAAUUACUCUUUUUCCAUAUUCUAAAGCUCGGUGUGGAUUAAGUAGGUAAAUGACCUAGUGAUGUUUUAUAAUAAGUAAAAUGAUCUAAUAUUAUGAUGUAAAAGAAGCAAUUAUGAAUUGUAUAAUGAAGCAACUUUAAUUAUAUAUAAAACUGAGUUCAUAUGAUCAUGAUUUAUCUUUAAUAAGAGGUAAGUGAUAAUAGUGAGGGACCACCCAAGUCCCUUAAGGUAUUGUGAUUAGUCUUUGAAAGUAGUGAUAUCUGCCUUGGCUGUAGAAAGUUGAUGCAACUUUUAACCUUGCAAAUGAUCCAAGUAACUUAUUAUGAGGGUAGACCCUUGUUGAACCAUGGAGGCUCAGCAUAAACACAAUAUUACUUAAGCUGUUACUGUAUUGAAAUAGGCUUUGGAUACCUCAAGGUGUAACUUAGUGUUUUCCUCCCUAGUACUGAGAGCAUAUUAUGUAGUGGAAGCCAGCAGUACUAGGGAUUCUAAGUCUCUCUAGGGGGUAUCAGUAGGUGCUUUGAAAACAUCUUCAGUGAUCUUUUUACCAGUGAUAUUAUAUAUUUAUCCUUAUAUUCAGCAUUUAGAACCAUCACGAGACUUAAGUAAGUCACUUGUGUCAAAGGGAUCCUUCAGAUCAGACCCCCGGUAGCAUGUACGAUAGGACAGUGAUCUCCAAGGGCCCCUGUUUCAAGCACCCUGACACCCAUCACAAAACUUUUAGCCUGGAACUCAGUCCUCUUUAUCAUACCUUUAUCACCCUUUGCUAGUUUUCACUCUUUAUAGGUCUCAUAUAUGGAAUGUGAUCUUAUGAUAUAUUUGUAUGUAUUAAAUGUAGCCUUGAUGGUUGUGAAGUCUCAUGUUAUGGGGUGUGAUUACUGCAUUUCCAUUCUCAUUUUACACACAAAGAAUAUUUAAUAGUGAAGAGAUCAUUAUAAUCAUUUUAUUGCAUUGCCUGUUAAGCUAAAAAAAGAAAAAAUAAUUAUCUCCUGAGUGAGACUUCACUUCUUGAAAAGGCUUAUUUCAUGUCUACAUUGCAAAUUUGAUCUGUAGACAAGAGGGGAUUAUGGGAGUAGUAUUGUUUGGAGGUUAUUGAUAGUUAACUGGUAGUUUACAAACACUAAUAGAGCCGUAACUGUUAUUAUUAUAAUAAAUUGAGGCAUUCUUGUAUUACGUCAUGAGGGAUUAGUUGGUGCUGGAUGAAUGUUGAAUGAAUGUUAGUCCAUAGUAUAAAUAACAGAUCCAAUCAGUUUCAAAAGAAACAAGUGAUCUGAAGAACUUGUAGAUGUAUUUAGCAAUGCUCCUUUGCCUUGUCUCAGGGUGCAGGGCAGGACCUUAUGAAUGGCACUUGUUCCAUUGGCUUUAUGUAGCUUUAACUUUUUCUUGGGCUUAGUUCAGCAUUUCACAUUUAAAAAUUAAUGGUAAUUAAUGGUUUACUUUGUCACAAGUAUUGAUGUUGCAGAAUUUCAGAUAUUGUGAAUGACGUAACACUUGAAUUUCUCUGGGAGAAAAGUUAUAAAAAUCUGAAAGAAUAUCAUAAAUCAUGUAUAUCUUUUGUUUAAUAAAAUUUUAUAUCACACAGAAAACAAAA